AUGUCAGAUAAUCUUUAGGUGAAAUAGAGAAGAAGAAAUUCACCUUAAGAAGGUGAAUAGGACGUUGCUUAAAGAUAAGAAAAUAAAUAUAAUAAAAUUCAAAGGUAUUUAAUUAUGAGUAAAAAGAAAUGAUAUGUAAGCAUAUGUAUAAUAGCCAAAAAUUAAACGUAAUAGAGAUGAUUAAAUGGAGGAUCCUUAAGAAGAUGAUGAUGAGAAAUAAUCUGAUAAAUUUGGAGGAUUUGUUUUCACAAAAACUAAAAGUAUGCUAUUACUAUUAUUUAAAUUAGACGAUACAAAAAAGUAAUACAUAUAUGAGCCUAAAAAAUAAUAACCAGUUUAAUAAUAAAAGAAAGAGUAUUAUUAAAAAAAAGAUUAGCCACCAAAAAAAAAGCCUGAAAAGAAAGGUAAUAAAUAGUAGUAAUAAUCUCAAUAAUAGUAUAAAUAUAAUAUAAAAAAUUAGAAAGGAAAUAUCAAUUUAAUAAUUAGGUGAAUUAGAAAAACUGUAACAGCAUCUAAUAAACUGUGGGAUAUCAAUAACAAAGAAUUAAGAAAAUUAGGAUUCUGAGUUAGUUCUACCUCCUGAUUUUAAUAAACCAUUAUCUAUUCCAAGUUAACCAAAAGUAGCACCUCCACCAGGUUUAGUAGAUAAAGAUAAAUCUUCUGAUUUUGUGGAUAUUUUGAAUUAAUUGUAAGAUAAUGAUUCAGAUGGUUAAAUGAAUUAUGAUUAACAUUUUUCAUCUUCAGUUCUUACAAGAGGGGCAUUUCCUAUUUAGACUUAACUAUAAAAUUAAUUUAGUAACUAAAAAGUGAUUCCUAAUAAUAAUCAAAAUUUCUCAAAUAAUUAAGGAGAUUAAAAAAAUAAAGAAAAAAAGAAGAAAAAUAAAAAAAAGAAACCUAAAAAUAAUAAAAAUUAAUAAGAUAUAGCUAUGAUAAAAAGUUAACCAGAUUUUAUGAAUUAAAAUUCUGCUGAAAUUUUUGAUUCUAUAAAGUUGCUCCUUUUUCAUUUCCUUAAUAAUAAUAAAUGGGUCGUAAUAAUUUACCAGAUCCUUUAAAUAUUUCAGGUCCUACAUUUACAUCUCCAUUAGGAUUUCCUCCACCUGGAAUGAUGGGUUUAGGUCCAUAAAUUUCUCCAUUUAAUUCAAAUCUUUUAGGAGCACCAUAACCUUUAGGAUUUCCUCCUGGACCUACUUUAGGAAUGGAACCUUUAGAUCCUACUUUUCCUAUGGGACCUAAUAUAGGACCUAUGAGAAUUAAUUAAAUGAUGCCUCCAAAAUUUAAUUAAAUGCCAAAUAUGAAUUAAAUGUCAAAUAUGAGCUAAAUGUCAAAUAUGAAUUAAAUGCCAAAUAUGAAUUAAAUGCAUAUGCCUAUGACAAUGACACCUCCUCCUUAAAUCAAAAAGUAAUCUAAUAAAAAUAAUAUGAUGAUGCAACCUCCUAAUUAAUUUGAUUAAUAAGUUUUUUGUCCUCCUAUGAUGCCUCCAUCUAUGGGAAAUCAAUUUCCAGAUUUCCCUCCUACAAUUCCUUUAGGUUAAUAUCCUCCUAAUAUAAUGAAUUCUGGACCUAUUUUAGGAAUGCCUCCAAUGAUGUAAUUCGAUGAUGAUUUUGAUCAGAAUUGGAUGCCUAAUGAUGGAAUGAUAUAAAUGCCAACUCCCAUUUAAGUUUUCUCAAAUCAAAAUUUCCCUAAUCUAUCCUAAGUCUAACAUCCUGAUUCAUACAUUCAAGAACCUGAAAAAUUUAUUACUUAAACGAAAAAAAUUAAUGAUAAUAAAAAUGGAAAUGAUAUCAAUAAUGAUUAAAUCAAUUAAACAAAUUAAAAUACUGAUGGAUAACCAAGAUAAAGAAAGUAAUUAUUCAUCUAUAUUAUUAUUUUAGAAAAUUAAAAUUAAAUUCUAAACCAUUUUAUCCAAUAAAUCCUUGA